AUGACUGACACCCCAGCGGAGGAAUCCCUCUUCCAAAUCAUCCACUGCUACCACCAGUACGCGGCCCGGGAGGGGGACGUGGAGACCCUGUCCCUGGAGGAGCUGAAGGCCCUGCUCGUGGACAACAUGCCCCGCUUCAUGGCGAGCUUGGGCCGGAAGGAGCCGUACUACAUCACAGAGUUGUUCCGGGAAGCAGACAAGAACAAGGACAACCAGAUCUGCUUUGACGAGUUCCUCUACAUCUUGGGCAAGCUAAUGAAGGACUACCACCUGCAGUACCACCAGCAGCUGUGCGCCCACUACUGCGCCCAGCACAGCCUCUAUUAGAGGGGGCACAGGCAGCCUUCUGGGGAGCCUGCCCCGGGCAGCUGAAUGGAGAGCUCUGCUGUGCAUGUCUGCGUGUGCCUGCAUCCGUGUGCAUAUGCGUGUACAUGUCUGCAGAAAGGACAGCUGUGA